GUCCCACCCAGUCCGCGCUGCUCUCCGUGCCCAGCCGUCCCUACGGAUCCGCCGCCGCUAUGCCCAAGUGCCCCAAGUGUGACAAGGAGGUGUACUUCGCCGAGCGGGUGACAUCCCUGGGGAAGGACUGGCACCGGCCAUGUCUGAAGUGCGAGAAGUGUGGGAAGACGCUGACCUCGGGGGGCCAUGCCGAGCAUGAAGGCAAGCCCUACUGCAACCAUCCCUGCUACGCUGCCAUGUUCGGGCCCAAAGGCUUUGGGAGAGGUGGCGCUGAGAGUCACACUUUCAAGUAGACCCAGGUUCUGGAGCCCUCGUCCCGCCCGCUGGACUGCUGCCCCUCCAGGCUGACGCCCAGCCUUAACUCCAGGCACCGGGGACCCCCCUGCAGCCCCCCAUGCCCUCAAUAAACCCAACACUGGGAAGACC